UGAAAAGUGGUGAGUCAGAGAUGUUUCUUUCGGUUUCGAUUUACUGAAGUCACUCUGAAAGCAGGUUUAUAGCCUUUAAAUGUUUCAAAGUGACAGGCAUUUCUUCAUAACUUUCGAGUAGUUAAUCUCGGAUCCUUCAGUACAUUUGUUGUUCCUCGGUGACAUUUAGUGACAAAUUAAAUAGCUUGAUAAAGAAGAUAGAAGAUGUCAGCGAAUGCAGAAAUUGACGAAAGCCUUUACUCUCGCCAGCUGUACGUCCUGGGCCAUGAUGCAAUGAGUCGCAUGAAAUCUGCCAAUGUCCUCAUCUCGGGGAUGGGGGGGCUUGGAGUGGAGAUAGCCAAGAAUGUGAUUCUGGCUGGGGUCGAGUCCGUCACCAUUCAGGAUGAGGAUGUCACAGAGUGGGAAGACCUGUCUUCACAGUUCUAUCUAAAUGAAUCGAGUCUGGGGUUGAACAGGGCCCAGUGUUCACUGCCCAAACUGUCAAAGCUCAACUCAUAUGUAAGAGUGUCCGACUACACUGGUCCACUCACUGAGGAUUUUCUGACCCAGUUCCAGGUGAUUGUUCUUACAAACUCCUCUCUGGACGAGCAGAUAAAAUUGGGGACAUUCUGUCACUCCAACGACAUCAAGUUCAUCUUAGCUGAUACCAAAGGACUUUGUGGGCAACUCUUCUGUGAUUUUGGAGAAGAAUUUAAAGUCACUGAUUGUAAUGGCGAAACACCUGUAUCCACCAUGAUCUCUCAUAUUGACAAGGCAAAUCCUGGCAUAGUUACAUGUACAGAGAAACACGAGUUUGACGAUGUAGAACAAGUCACAUUUUCUGACGUGCGCGGCAUGACGGAGCUCAACAGCUGUGGACCAGUGGAAAUUGAAAUCUUGACUACAGAUCCUUACAGCUUCCGUAUUUGUGACACCUUGCACUUCUCUGAAUAUGAAAAGGGUGGAGUCGCCACUGAGGUCAAAAUGUCAAAGACAUUUACUUUUAAACCCAUCAAGGUGGCCUUAGCCAACCCUCAGAUUAUGAUCACAGACUUUGGAAAAGUAAACAGACAUGAAACCCUUCAUCUGGCCUUCCAAGCUUUGCAUGGCUUUGUGAAGAGCACCGGACGGUUGCCCAAAACAAGAAACAAGGAAGAUGCAGAAAUGUUGGUCUCUAUGGUGAGGGAACUGAACGGGGAUGGCAGACUGGAGAAGCUGGAUGAAGACAUCUUACAAAAACUGGCCUUCUCUGCCCGGGGAAAUCUGGGACCAAUCAAUGCUUUUAUUGGGGGUCUUGCUUCCCAAGAGGUGAUGAAGGCAUGCAGCGGAAAGUUUACUCCUCUGCAGCAGUGGCUGUACUUUGAUGCCCUUGAAUGUCUGCCAGAGGAAGAUGAGGAAGAUGAAGAAGAUGGAAUGCUGCUGACUCAGGAAGACUGUGCAGCAAGAAAGAGUCGCUAUGAUGGACAGAUUUCUGUGUUUGGAAAGGCCUUCCAGGAGAAGCUUGGUGUACAGAACUACUUCCUGGUUGGAGCUGGUGCUAUUGGCUGUGAGCUUCUGAAGCACUUUGCUCUGAUUGGCUUGGGUGCUGGAGAGGGUGGGUCCAUCACUGUGACUGACAUGGACUCAAUAGAGAGGUCAAAUCUGAAUCGACAGUUUCUCUUCAGAUCAGAAGACAUUGGGGGUAUGAAGUCUGAGGUUGCAAAGCAGGCUGUCAAAAAGAUGAACCCGUCCCUUCACAUCACAGCUCAUCAAAACCGCGUGGACCCAGACAGCGAGCAGAUCUAUGGAGACCAGUUUUUCUCGGCUCUGCAUGGAGUGGUGGCAGCAGUGGACAGCAUAGAAGCCAGAGUCUAUCUGGACAAACGCUGUCUCCAGUAUCAAAAGCCCAUGCUGGAAGGGGGCACUCUGGGAUGCAGAGGCCACACCAUGGUUGUGGUGCCCUUUCUGACGGAAUCCUAUGGACCUAGCACAUCCAGUUCUGAGAAAGCCAUUCCCCUGUGUACCUUAAAGAACUUCCCAUAUCGCAUUGAGCAUACCUUGCAGUGGGCCAGAAAUGAAUUUGAAGGAACCUUUAAGCAAGAGGCAGAACAUGUAAAUCAGUACUUGAUUGAUAAUGGAUUCCUGCAGCACACUUUAGACCGGGGGGAGGCCGAGGCCCUAGACAUCCUGUCAGAGGUGUCUGCCAACGUAGGGAGACAGCGGCCUGCUACCUGGGAAGACUGUGUGGGCUGGGCCCGUUGCCAGUGGGAGACCCUUUUUAACAACAACAUCAGCCAACUGCUGCAUUGUUUUCCCCCAGACCAGACGACAACCUCGGGACUGCCUUUCUGGUAUGGUGAAAAGAGAUGUCCCCACCCCUUAACCUUUGAACCAAACAAUGAGACUCAUAUGAACUAUAUUAUAGCAGCAGCUAACCUGUAUGCCCAGACCUACAACAUCAAUGGAUGUCAAGACCAUGAUGCCAUUAAGAAAGUCCUGCAGGGUGUCCAAGUGCCAUCCUUCACUCCUAAGGCUGACGCAAAAAUCCACGUCACUGAGGAGGAAAUGGAGAAGGACAGAGGAAAUGUUGACACAGCCCGCCUGGAUGAGCUGCAGAGGGAGCUGGCCAACCGUCCAAAGAACAUCUCAGAGCUCCUGAUGAAGCCCAUUGAGUUUGAGAAGGAUGAUGACACAAACUUCCACAUGGACUUCAUCGUAGCAGCCUCCAACCUGAGAGCUGAGAACUACGACAUCCCCCCAGCCGACCGGCACAAGAGCAAGCUGAUCGCCGGGAGAAUCAUCCCGGCCAUCGCCACCACUACCGCUGCUGUGGCCGGGCUAAUGUGCCUGGAGCUGUACAAGGUGGUCUAUGGCCAUUCGAAAGUCAAGUCGUACCGCUGUGCAGGCAUCAACCAGGCAGUGGAGCAGCAGUGCAUCCUACACAUGCCCUUGGGACCCAAGAGGUUCAAGGUCGCAGGAAAAGAGUACUCCCAGUGGGAUAAGUUCCCCGUCCAGGGCAGACAUGAGGAGCAGGAGGAGAUGACCUUGAAAGAGCUCAUAGCCUACAUCAAGCAAAACCACAACUUGGAAAUAACUGAUCUGUUCUACGAGAACGCCAUGCUGUUCAGCAAUUACUCCCAGAACCAAGAAAGGCUGGAAAAAAGGGUAUCUGAAUUGGUGGAGUCCAUCACCAACACAAAGAUCCCCCAUCAUCAGCGCUUCUUGGAGUUUUUCGCUUCCUUUGCUGAGGAUGAAGACUGCGAGACAGUUCCUCCCAUCAGGUACCAAUUCAGAUGAUGAGCCCAGCCGCACUGUCGUCUCAGAGGACCACUGAACUACAUGGACCAACUAUGGAUUUAAAAGAAGUAGCCCAGUGUGAAGGAAAUUCCAGCAAAUAUCUGGUGAUUUUCCAGUAAUUAGCAGUCACUAAGGAUUCUCAGUAAACAUUUUGCCUAUACGUGCAGUAGUUCUUUAACAAAUCAUAACUGGAAAUUGAGAAUUUUAAUUUUAAUUUUAAUAAAUUUUACUAAAAAUCACAAUGCAUGAAUGUUUUAUUGUGAUUGUUAUAAACUUUGAUUUUUGAAGAAUGUUUGUGGUUGAUAUUAGAAAAAAUUCUAAACAUGUAGUCCCAUUUUACAGUUGACUAAGGUGUGAUGAAAAUCAAAUAAAGAUAAUGACUAAUUUAAAAAGAA